AUGAUCUUGUCUAAUCUUACUAGCAUAAAAGAAUUCAUUUUUCUUGGCUUGACAAACCAAACAGAGCUACAAUUGCCUCUCUUUGUUCUCUUCCUAAAUGUGUACGCUGUCACCUUGGUGGAGAAUCUGGGAAUGAUUUUACUAAUCAGAUCUGAUGCCCAGCUUCAAAUCCCCAUGUACUUUUUUCUUAGUCAUUUAGCUUUCGUGGAUAUCUGUUAUUCUUCAACCAUCACUCCCAAAAUGUUGGUGGAUCUUUUAGCAGAGAGAAAAACCAUUAAAUUUUCAGCCUGUGCAGCUCAGAUGUUUUUAUUUGUCGUCUUUGGAAUUACAGAAUGCCUUCUGCUGGCUGUAAUGGCCUAUGACCGUUAUGUGGCUAUUUGUAAGCCUUUUCAUUACUCAGUCAUUAUGUCCAGGAAAACGUGUGCUUGGCUUGUAGCUGGUUCUUAUGCAGUUGGCUUAUUUCAUUCAUUUACACACACCAUAUUCACAUUUACUUUAUCUUUUUGUAGCUCAAAUAAAGUCAACAAUUAUUUCUGUGAUAUUCCUCCACUGCUUAAGCUUUCUUGUUCGAACACCCAUUUUUAUGAGAUGGUUAUAUUUGCUCUGGUUAGUAUCAACUGUGUAACCACCACAAUGACCAUUUUCAUCUCUUACUCCUGCAUCCUGAUUGCUGUCUUAAGGAUAAGCUCCACAGAGAGUAGACGUAAAGCUUUUUCCACUUGUAGUUCCCACAUGACUGUGGUGGUCAUCUUCUAUGGGACAAUUUUCUUCAUGUAUCUACGACCAACCUCUACUUAUACUCUGGAUCAAGACAAGGUGGCCUCUUUGUUCUACACAGUGAUGAUCCCUAUACUGAAUCCCAUGAUCUAUGCCUUGAGGAAUCAAGAGGUGAAAUAUGCCCUUCAGAGAAUUUUUGACCAGUUAGUGAUCUUCAGAUGUUAUUGA